UGGUGUUUGCCAGCGCAGAAGGUUUGGAAUAUUUUUACGUCAUUACCGGCGGGAGGAAAAGUUCGGAAUUGAAGCCAUUUGUGAUUUUAUUUUCAGUUGUUCUGCUUGGGGGGAGUUAUGCUAUAAAUUGAAAUAUGCUGCAGGAUAGUCUGACAGUUCUGUGCUAGGUAUCCCAUAGCGAACAAAGUUAUUUUUCAUCGAGAGAGGAUGUUCAAGCUUACGAUAUCCGUUGUUGCCCUAGUUGGAUUGACAAUCGGUGAGGGAACAAUUGAAACUACCUCUGAAAAAAGUACAGCGAAGCGUGGCUUAGAAUCGCUUAAUUUUGGAUUUGGCGGACAUAACUCGAUUGGAGCUGGAGAUUAUUGGGCCAAUGCUCAGAAGCUAGCUCCUUGGAUACAAUCCACUGGUUGGAAGCACAGCCCGACACCAGCGGAAAUCGCUGCCACCAUUGCAGCCGCUAAGCAGGCUUCCGCUCAAGUGCUGAUUGCUCAACAACAGGUUCAGGCUGCCAAAGACAAUGUUUUGAAUCAGCAGAAAAUUGCCAACGAAAAGGAAGCUAACGCGGCUUACGCCUCGCAGAAAAGUGAAGCCACUGCCGCCGUUCAACGUUCGGAAGCAGCGGCAGCUGCGCAGGCGGUAGUUCUGGCUCAGCACCGACUGGCGGCGGCCAAAUCUAAUGUAGCACACCAUCAACGAAUUGCUGCCCAUAAGGAAUCCCUUGCGGCGCAAGCUAUUCAAAACUCAGCGAAAGCAGCAGCAGCCGAGAUUCAUCGUGCUGAAAUCGAGGCUACCAAACUGGCCGCUCACCAGCGAGCGGAUGCCGCUUCCCUGAAUCACCAUGUGAUUGCGACCAAGGAUGAUGCUUUCGCUCCGUUAGUCUAUGGAGGCAAUCAAAUUCCCACCAGCCAGCUGUACCAAGCCUUUGCAGCCCCGUGGACGGAUCUGGCUGCUCAAACGCCGUGGAUGAGUGGGUUUCAAUUUAAUCAAAAUAAACCCUUAUGGGGAUAAAGUACAAGCAUAUUGACAAUGAUAUUUUUGUUAUACUUAAUAAAGGACUAUAUAUUCGUAAA